GUCGUAGAGGAACAAAACCAAACCCUCACUUAUUCACCACCCUCACUCGCUAUGUCACUUGUUCAUUCUUUCAUACAAAUCCCCAUAGCCGUCCGAUGAUUUAGGUGAACAAAACAACAACAACAACGGUUAACAGAUUCGUUACAGGCGUCGCCUUCUCCCAUCUCCUUCCAUUUCCAUCAUCAUCUUUUUUCUCCCAAUUUCUAAAUUAUUCUAUUUAUUUAUUAUUUAUAAAUAAAAUAAAAUAAAAAAUUAAGAAAUGGAAUUGGCAAUGAAGGUUGCUGAAGCUGUUCAUGUGCUUAACCACGAUACCCAAUCCUGCAACCGCGUCGCAGCCAAUCAAUGGCUCGUUCAGUUUCAACAAACUCACGCCGCUUGGGAUGUCGCCACCAAUAUCCUCACCUCCGAUCACCGUCAUCCUCUCGCUUCCAAUUUCGAACUCGAGUUCUUCGCCGCUCAGAUUCUCAAACGCAAGAUACAAAAUGAAGGUUAUCAACUGCAAUCAGGACCUAAGGAUGCUUUGUUAAAUGCUCUUCUUCUUGCCGUUAAAAGAUUCAGUAGUGGUCCUCCACAGCUUUUAACACAGAUCUGUCUUGCACUCUCUGCACUCAUACUUCAAGUUGUUGCUCAUGGAAACCCAAUAGAGCAGCUUUUUUACAGUCUCCGGAAUCUGCAGAGUGAAGAUAAUGGCAAUAUUGCUGUCCUGGAGAUGCUCACUGUCCUGCCGGAGGAAGUUGUUGACAACCAACGUAUUGAUUCUAAAAUUAAUUCGUUACACAUAAGCCAUUAUACCCAAGAGCUUUUGUCUCAUACACCAAUGGUUCUCGAGUUCCUGCUGCGGCAAUCUGAAAUAAAUUUUGAUGGUUCUGUACAACAGAAUGAACGGAACAGAAAAAUUUUGCGCUGCUUAUUGAGCUGGGUCAGAGCAGGUUGCUUCUCUGAGAUUUCUCCAGAAACAUUGGCAGCUCACCCACUUCUAAAUUUUGUAUUUAACUCAUUGCAGGAUUCUACAUCAUUUGAUCUUGCCAUUGAAGUUCUUGUUGAACUUGUGACUAAACACGAGGGAGUGCCACAAAUUUUGUUAUGCAGAGUACAUUAUCUGAAGGAAGUACUUCUUUUUCCAGCUCUUAAUAGGGGAGACAUGAAAGUAAUUGGUGGCCUUGCUUGUUUGUUGUCAGAAAUUGGGCAGGCUGCUCCAUCUUUAAUUGUAGAAGCAAGCGCCGAAGCCAUUGCAAUGACAGAUGCACUCCUGAGCUGUGUGGCAUUUCCAAGUGAAGAUUGGGAGAUUGCAGACUCAACCCUACAGUUUUGGUCCACUCUUGCAAGCUAUAUACUUGGCAUUGAUGUAGAUCGUGCAAAAAGAAAACACGUGGAAGCCAUUUUUUCACCUGUGUUUUCAGCAUUACUCGAUUCACUGAUAUUACGCUCUCAGGUGGAUGAUUCUACAUACAACGAUGAAGGAAGAGUGAUCGAUUUGCCCGAUGGCCUUGUACAUUUCAGAAUGAACCUAGUAGAACUUUUGGUGGAUAUAUGUCACCUGUUAGGAUCUACAAUAUUUAUGCAAAAGCUCUUUAUAGGUGGGUGUGCAUCUCCAAAUCUGUCACUCCCUUGGAAAGAAAUGGAAAGCAAGUUAUUUGCUCUUAAUGCUGCUUCCGAUGUAAUCAUACAGGAUGGCAAAAGUUUCGAUUUCUCUGCAGUCAUGCAGUUGGUGUCCAUGUUAUCGAGUAAGCCUUCUGAUGGCUUAAAGGGUUUCAUUUGCAUUGUAUACAGAUCUCUAGCAGAUGCAAUUGGUUCUUAUUCCAAGUGGAUAUCCACUUUUAAGGAAAAUUUUAGACCCUUGCUAUUAUUCCUUGCUAUCGGGAUUUCUGAACCACUUUCUUCUAAUGCAUGUGCGUCUGCCCUGCGUAAAGUCUGUGAAGAUGCUCCUGUAGUAAUUUAUGAACCUUCUCAUUUGGAAAUUUUAAUGUGGAUUGGAGAGGGGUUAGAGAAGUGGCAUUUAUCUUUGGAAGAUGAGGAAGAAGUUAUGCAUGCAAUAAGUCUCGUCCUUGGUUCUGUUCCUAAUCUAGAGUUGAAGAGCAACUUAUUGGCUAGGUUACUCUCGUCUAGCUAUGAAGCUAUUGGCAAACUUGUUGAUCCAGAGAAGAGCCUUUCUCUUAAACAGAACCCUGCUUCUUAUACACAAAUUUUAAAUGCUGCCUCUAGAGGAUUGCACAGAAUAGGAACUGUAUUCAGUCAUCUUUCGAUAUCUGUGCCAACUGAACCUGCUGCAGAUGACUUGAUACUUCUACUGUUAAGGGUUUUCUGGCCCACAUUGGAGAAAAUCUUUACCUCUGAACAUAUGGAGAGUGGUAUUUUAUCAGUAGCAGCUUGCCGGGCUCUUUCCUUAGCUAUUCAAUCUUCAGGUCAGCAUUUUGUCACCCUACUGCCCAAAGUGCUGGAUUGGCUAUCGACAAAUUUUGUUUUGUUCCAAAGUCAUGAGUGCUAUAUAAGAACUGCUUCCAUUGUCAUUGAAGAAUUUGGUCACCGAGAGGAGUAUGGACCUUUAUUUGUUACCAUGUUUGAAAGAUUUACUCAUUCGACUUCUGUAAUGGCUCUAAAUUCUUCCUACAUAUGUGACCAAGAACCUGACUUAGUGGAGGCCUACACCAAUUUUGCAUCCAUAUUCAUUCGCUCCUGUAACAAGGAUGCCCUUUCAGCUUGUGGUUCUCUUCUUGAAGUUUCUAUACAAAAAGCAGCUAUAUGCUGCACAGCCAUGCAUCGUGGUGCUGCUCUAGCUGCAAUGUCUUAUUUGUCUUGUUUCUUAGAUGUGGGCCUUGUCUCUUUGUUAGAAUGUAUGAAUUGUAUUAUUGAGGGGUCAUUCAACGCCACAGCCAUUCAUGUCAUAUCCCACAGCGGCGAGGGACUUGUAUCUAAUGUUGUGUAUGCCUUACUCGGUGUGUCUGCAAUGUCACGGGUUCACAAGUGUGCAACAAUUCUGCAACAACUGGCAGCAAUUUGCACUUUAUCUGAAAGAACAUCAUGGAAGCCUAUACUUUGUUGGCAAACACUUAAUGGAUGGCUACACUCAGCGGUUCAGGCUCUUCCCGUGGAAUACCUAAACCAUGGAGAAGCAGAUACCCUAGUGCCCCUUUGGUCCAAGGCCCUUGCUGCUGCAGCCUCUGAUUAUCUUGAGAGCAAGAACUCUGAUGGAUUGAAGAGCGAUUUUGGACAUAUGCAAGGGAAGGGUGGGAGAGUUUUAAAGCGUUUGGUUCGGGAAUUUGCCGAUGCCCACCGAAAUAUUCCAAAUCUGACUUGAUAUCUGCACAAACAUGUUAGAUUAGUCUUUAACUGAUGCGAAUUUCAGCAAGCAGAUUGAAGAGUUGAUGAGGCACCUUAUCAUUUUUUCCAACGGUACCUGUAUCAUUUGUUGUAAAUUGAUGAGGUUUGUAUAGUCAACCGUGGUGCCCUAACAUUAUAAUUUGCCUCACCAUUUUCCGUCGUUAUUUUUCUGCAAUUUUUUCCUCUGUAUAUGUCCCCAAUUUUGGCCCUAAAGAGUCAGGCUAGAAAACCCUUUCCAAAUUGUACAGGAUAUCCGUGAAGGGACAUCCGCUGAUAGAAUUAGAGAUUUUGAAGGAAAGGAAAUUAAUGCUAUUUACUUUUAGCCAUUUUUUGUUGUAGCACAAAACAUGAAUAAUUAUUAAUUAUAACAGAAUUUGCUGUGCUUCAAA